AUGGCCAACCUUCCUGAAGGGAGACUUACCCCAGGACCUCCAUUCACAUACGUUGGUGUGGAUACCUUCGGACCAUGGCCAGUUGUGAAACGGCGUACCAGAGGAGGGGUUGCAGAGAGCAAACGAUGGGCCAUCAUAUUUGUUUGCUUAGUCACCAGAGCAUCUCAUAUAGAAGUGAUCGAGGACAUGAGUAGCUCAGCCUUUAUAAACGCUCUACGACGAUUCAUCUCUGUACGGAGACCUGUGAAAGAAUUUCGAUCUGAUCGCGGAACCAAUUUUGUUGGUGCUUUGAAGGACAUUAAAGCUGAUGCAAUCUGUGUUGAAGACCCACCCGUAAAAGCAUUUCUCAAGGAUAAGGAAGUCGCCUGGAUCUUGAACACCCCACACGCUUCGCACAAGGGAGGAUUUUGGGAGCGUAUUAUUGGACUAACUCGAAAUAUUCUUAAUGCAAUGCUUUUGAAUACCCAAGGUCAAAAACUUACUCACGAAGUGUUGUGUACAUUGAUGUGUGAAGUGUGUGCUGUGCUAAAUAGUCGACCGAUUGGGCCAAUCACCUACGAUCCGCUCGACCCAGUCCUGAUAACCCCAUCGAUGUUGUUGACACAGAAAUCUGGCCACCUGACACCUCUGACAACUUCUACGAACAUUAGAGAAAUCUACGCUUCUCAGUGGAAACAUGUUCAAAUACUUUCUAACAUGUUUUGGAAGCGUUGGCAACAAGAUUAUUUAAGUAGCCUUCAGGGUCGACGAAAGUGGCUCGAGCUUCGGGAUGAUGUCAAACCGGGAGAUGUCGUGUUGCUGAAGGAGAGUUCGGAGAGAAACCAGUGGCCAGUGGCAGUAGUAGAGCGAGUUUUCCCCGGAACCGACGAAAGAGUGAGGUCACUUGAAGUGAGGUUGCAUAGAGACUAA